AUGACCGGAUUUGAUUCAAGAAACAGUGGAUCAGUUUCUCCAAUGAAGGGUGUGAAACGAUUUGGAGUAAAAGGAAAACUAAGUCCAAAAUUUAUAGGGCCAUUUGAAAUCUUGCGAAGAAUUGGAGAAGUGACUUAUGAAUUGGCAUUGCCGCCAGAGUUGGAUGGGGUACAUAAUGUCUUUCAUGUUUCUCAACUGCGCAAGUAUGUAUAUGAUCCUUCGCACAUCCUAAGCUACGAACCACUGCAAGUUGAUGAAACUCUGAGUUAUGAGGAAAAACCAUUAAAGAUUCUUGAUCAGCGGGUCAAAGAGUUGAGGAAUAAGUCAAUUCCCUUAGUGAAAUUAGAGUCGUUUGGGGGCUCUGGUGUCUGCAUGAGAUUUGUAGAUCCUCAAGUCGCAGUCGCGUGGGCACUUGAAUCGCUCCAAAAUGAGUUCGUAUAA